AUGGCGUUUCGGGUCUCUUCUCGUCGGCUUUGUGUCGCAUUGACAGCACCUCGUGCUGCUCUCGUCAACCCCAUCUCAAAGCGUUAUGCGUCAUCAGCAUCGGCAGCGGUCGCGCAGUCGAACCUUCCUAAGGGAUUGAAGGACUCAAUUGCCAAAGAGGCCUGGCUGCCGAACUCGGACCCCGCCGAGUCAUCGCAGACAGCCCGCCUAGUGAAUGACCAGCUACCUUUCAUGGUCCCAACCUAUGUCCGACCACCGCCUAUGUUCGAGAAGGGAGAAGGAUGUUAUUUAUGGGAUGUGGAGAACAGGAAAUAUCUGGACUUCACUGCCGGUAUUGCUGUGAAUGCGUUGGGCCAUUGCGAUCCAGAGAUGGCGAAGCUUUUGGGACAGCAGGCCCAAACCCUUAUUCACACCUCAAAUCUCUACCACAACCCAUGGACUGGCACCCUCUCCAAAUCCCUCAUUGAGAAGACUCUAGAAUCAGGCGCUAUGCAUACUGCCUCCAAAGCCUUCAUCUGCAACUCAGGCUCUGAAGCCAAUGAAGCUGCCAUCAAGUUCGCGCGAAAGGUCGGUAAGGUCGUAGAUCCUUCAGGCGAGAAGUACGAGCUGGUCUCUUUCCACAACUCCUUCCACGGUCGCACCAUGGGCUCGCUCUCAGCGACACCGAACCCAAAGUACCAGAAGCCAUUCGCGCCAAUGGUUCCAGGAUUCAAAUACGGCACAUACAAUGAUAUAGAUGGAAUCAAGGACCUUGUCACGGAUAAAACUUGCGGUGUUAUUAUCGAGCCCAUCCAAGGCGAAGGCGGAGUGAACGUAGCUACAGAGGAAUUCCUCAUCGCGUUGAGGAAGCGAUGUGAUGAAGUCGGUGCGGUAUUGAUCUACGACGAGAUCCAAUGCGGCCUCUCCCGCACUGGACUACUGUGGGCGCAUGGCUCUCUACCAUCGGAAGCCCACCCGGAUAUUUUGACCACCGCCAAAGCCCUCGGAAAUGGCUUCCCAAUUGGCGCCACUAUCGUCAAUGAAGCUGUGGCUACUAAGAUCGUUACAGGUGAUCACGGAACGACUUUUGGAGGAAACCCGCUUGGUUCUCGAGUUGCACACUACAUUCUCUCGAGGCUCUCGGAUCCAGAACUGCAGAAAGGCGUAUUAGAGAAAGAGAAAGCCUUCCGCAAACACUUCAAGGCGCUGCAGAACCGAUUCCCGAGUAUCAUCACCGAAAUCAGAGGCAAGGGCCUCAUCCUUGGCCUCCAACUCAGUCAAGACCCGACACCAGUCAUAACGGCUGCCAGGGAGCGCGGAUUACUAGUGAUCACAUGCGGUACAAACACGCUCCGUUUUGUGCCACCGCUAGUAAUCUCUGAGGCUGAGAUAGAAGAGGGCAUGAAGAUACUCGGAGAGGCAAUGGCUGCUGUAUUCGAGGAGUCAAGGGAAAUUGAGGGCACAAAAGGACAACAGGAGAUGCAAGAUUCAUAG